CUCCACCCUCUGCCCAGCACAGCGGCUCCCGGAGCUCACCGAGGGAUUGCUGCAGCAGAUCUGACAGUGACAGCGACAGCCACCUGCUCUGUGGGGACACAGGAGCGGCACCCUCGGCAUGAAGCACUUGUCCUGUGAGCCCCGGGCAGCCCUCGCUGUGCUCUGCCUCACCGCUGCCCUCUGGGAUUCCUGCUUUGCAGCAGCUGAAGAUAUCUCCAAUGUUUCAACAACUGAAUACGAACCAUUGUGUCUUAAUGUGAACUUCUGCAGGCAGGCAGCCACGUGCUGCCCCUCGGGCAUGGAUGACUACGGGUGGAUCGCAGCAGCCGUCGGCUGGAGCCUCUGGUUCCUCACCCUCAUCCUGCUCUGCAUGGACAAGAUCAUGAAGCUCAGGCCUGACGAACCCAAAUACUUGGUGGCCUGAAGCAGAGAGAGCCAGCGAGCAGCAGCACUGGGUGGACUGACAGAACAUUUCAAACAUUUGCUAAGAAACAAAAGGGGAAGGGAAAACACCUCCAGCCCAAAAAGGCCCGAUCCAGGCAGGGCAACUGCUGAGGCUUCACCCUGGAGCUGCCAGCCAAGGUGUGGAGCAGGCAAGUCCCUGAAAGCCACCAUGUACCCGCCACAGUACAAGACCCCCAAUUGCCCCUGAGCCCUCUCGUGCUUGCUGUGAGCACAGCAACAAGAGGAGAGGCUGAGGGACCAGUGACCAGCCUAUAGCACAUUGCCUCAUCUAUAGGUUUGACACAGAAAGUGGGCAAAAUAAAGCUACUUUCUGGAGCAUCAACAUUACCAGAGCCAUUACUAAGCUAUAGCCAGGUCACAUCAGUAAAUGGAAGUAAUAAUUGACUUUACCGAGGCCUUCUAACUCACUAACUUGUGAUAUUUAAAAGUCUAUUCACUGAUACAUGGGAAGACUUAUGGAAACUUAGGGAUUUUGGGCUGGUUUGAAAAUAAAACUAAUUUUUCCAGAGCCAUUUAGAUGUGAAAUGUGUUGCAGGAAUUGAAUGUUGGUUGUACUUAUUCAGCUUUCACCUGCCUGAAACUAAGCCAAGCUGAACUGUGGCAAGCAGGUUUAAACCAGCAUAUCCAAUUCAUGCACAAAACUGUUCCUAUUAUCCAAGAUAAUAAACACUUUUAUUGAUUG